AUGUCAGGACCUCAAGAACUGGCCACUUUUUCCGACUCAUCAAGCUACUCUAGAAACAUCGACAAGGAUUUACCUCCCUCGCCACCCAAAUCUGCAGCUGUCGAGACUUUUACACAGGCCCAACUGCAGAAGCAGAUGCAACAUGGAGAACAUCAACAAAGCUCCGGCGCCCUUAUAGAAAUUGUGGACCUGCCUGCACCGCACAGCGGACACAUCAGGAUUCUGCAGAUCAGCCGGCCAUCAGCCUCUAAUGCAAUUUCGUACGCACUCUUGUCCGCCUUGCGGAAAGAGAUCCAGGCAAUUCAAGCACAGUAUAGUCAAUUCACGGGCGCGGAAAUGCCAUGGACCGAGGGCGAUAUAAAGGGUCCCACGAGAGCCUUGAUCAUUGCUUCGGCAGUGGAUUCCUGCUUCUCUGCAGGCGCCGAUCUGAAAGAACUGAUAAGCUUUACUCAAGAGCAAAUAACUGGCUUUUUCUCAUCCUUGAGAGACACAUUGAAAGCCCUCUCGAAUCUUCCGAUACCCACUAUAUCAGCAAUCAGCUCGAGCGCAUUUGGUAGCGGCUUUGAGCUUGCCCUUGCGACUCACUUCAGGAUAAUGUCGUCGAACUCGUACAUCGCACUUCCGGAGACUGGCCUGGGUAUAAUUCCGACUGCAGGCGGCACGCACCGGUUAGCUACGCUCAUAGGCGUAUCUCGAGCCCGAGACAUCAUCCUGACAGGCCGACGAGUGACGGCCCCAGAAGCCGUUUCUAUGGGGAUCGCAAACCGGAUGGUGGAUAUGACCUCAGAAGAGCCCGGCCUAGAGGACUCGACCGUGCACGCGGUCGCGCGGCGGAAGGUCCUAGUCGAGGCGAUUCGGUUGAGCGAGGAGAUCUGCGAGGGUGGCCCCGUAGCUGUAAGGGCGACGAUACAGGCGCUGAAGGAACCGGGGGAGAAGACUGAGAAGGCAAUGACGGAGAGAGUCGUGACGAGUGAGGACUGGAUCGAGGCGCUAAGGGCAUUUGAUGAAAAGAGAAAACCGGUCUUCAAAGAUCAAUUCAUCAUACGUGCUGGAAUUGUCCGAGCUUUGUGUAGCCUUGUUGACUUCCAGGCAUCUGAUGGCCGAAGCCAGGCCACAUUGACUGCCCGCCACUUUGCAAUUGCCCCUUCACUGGUCCCAGUCUGUAUUCAGAAAAUGACCUCAGAGUCAUGA